GUAGCAAGUUAGGUUGGUUGUGUCGUUUAUUGACAUGGUUCUACGGCAAGUGAGCUCGGUGUAAACACGGAAUCGCCCACCCCGCCCACCACCACAACCUGGGCCAGUUUCUCGUCUCCCCAACUGUGGUGGCGCCCCCACCUGCAUUCCGUUCAAUCGUACUGUUUAACAUGAAUAACGGUGGGCAACCGUACCCUGCUCCUGAUCCGGCCAUGAUGUUUGAGGACUCGACCCUAGACAAUCUGGACCCAUCUCUGACCGAGAGCAGUGAGAUCGAUAACGCGUUGCUCAGUGACAUUGAUGAUAUGUUGCAGCUGAUUGGCAAUCAGGAUGGAGAGUUUCCUGAAUUAUUUGAGAACCACUUUUCUAACAGCUCUUUGCAGGAUAACAGUUCAUCCAUCCCACCUAACCAGGGGUCGCUGAACUUGUCUCUUGACAGCCUCUUGGGGAGUAGCAGCAAGAGUCAAAUUCCUGUAAAAAUGUACCAGGGGCCUCUGCUCCAACAGCAGCUUCAGCAGCCGCGGCUCCUUCGGGGCCCCUCUCCACAACAUAUCAAACAAGAGACUGCUCAGAUGCAACAGAGCCAACAGCAGCAGCAGCCUCUCAUGAUGUCGCAGAGUUUUACAGCCUCGACACAAUUACAGCCACAGUUUGUGCAGCAGCAGUCGUUGAGCUUUCAGAAUUCCAAUGGAUUUACAGCACCACCACAGAGUAUGGCCACCCAACAGCUCCAGAGCCUGACAGUUCCACAGCAGAUGCAGCCCAUGACCAUUCAAGCCCAAGUCCAGAAUAUAUCUGCCCAGCACCUUUUAACGGCACCAGCUAUUUCUACUCCAACUGUUUCAUCACAGUUCCAGCAAGUACCAGUACUUCUCCAGCCCCAGUUCAUUAAGGCUGACUCGUUGCUCCUGACAGCUCUGAAGCCGGAUGGAAGCACUGUGGUGACAUCCGUGAAAUCUCCUACCAUAUCAACUCUAGCAACUAGCACAACUCCCAUUCAAACCACAUCCCUGCAAAUGCCGGCUCUGGUCAGUGGAAACACAAUUUUGACAACAGUUCCUCUGAUGGUAGAUGCAGACAAACUUCCUAUCAACCGUAUGCCUGCAAAUGGCAAACCCUGCAAUGCACCAAACAAGGGGGAAAAACGUACGGCACAUAAUGCUAUUGAGAAGCGCUACAGGUCAUCCAUCAAUGACAAGAUUGUGGAACUGAAAGACCUUGUCGUUGGCACUGAAAGCAAGUUGAACAAAUCAGCAAUACUGAGGAAAGCUGUCGAUUAUAUCCGCUUCUUGCAACAAACCAAUCAGAAGUUGAAGCAGGAGAACAUGGUGUUGAAAAUGGCCACCCAGAAAAAUCAAUCUCUGAAAGACGUUGUGGCUUCCAGUGGAAUAAAUCUAGAUGCAACGACAAAUGGGUUCAAGCAGGAUCCUGACCUGCUCACCCCACCACCAUCUGAUGUUGGCUCACCGCCUCAGAACAGUCCAUUCUCUGUGAGCAGCAGUGAUUCUGAGUCAGACAGCUUAUUUUUUGAUGAUACCAAGGUGUCCGUUAAACAAGAGCAGACACUGCCAACCAGUGUUGGCAUGUUGGAUCGGUCCAGGAUGGUGCUGUGUACCUUUGUGUUCCUUUGCCUCUCCUUUAACCCUCUGGCAUUCUUAAUGGGUGGGACGGACAUCAGCAGUUCUGUGGCGGGUCUAGAAUACCAUGGAGCAGGCAGAAACAUGUUGGGGAUUUCUGUAGAAGAUACUUCUAGCUGGUUUGGUUGGAUCUGGCCAACAUUGAUCCUCUGGUUAAUUAAUGGGAUAAUUGUCCUGUUCGUAUUUGUUAAGAUCUUUGUCUAUGGUGAACCAGUUACUAGACUGCACUCUGAAUCAUCUGUCCUGUUCUGGAGGCAUCGCAAGCAGGCUGAUCUGGACCUAGCAAGGGGAGAUUUUGCUCAAGCUUCCCAGAAUCUCUGGACCUGUUUGAAGGCAUUGGGGCGUCCUUUGCCUACAUCUAACUUGGACUUUGCCUGCAGCCUGAUGUGGAAUGUCAUCCGGCACAUUCUACAGCGGCUGUGGGUUGGGCGCUGGUUCGCAGCACGGGCUGGAGGCUUCAGGCAGAACAAGGAGCUGAAGGAUGACAUGAGGAAGAGCACCCGGGAUGCAGCACUGGUCUAUCACAAGCUGCAACAGCUCCACAUGACUGGCAAAUUGGGUGGUAGCCACUUGUCUGCAAUUAACAUGGCUCUGAGUGCGGUGAACCUUGCUGAAUGUGCCGGAGAUGCUGUCUCUGUUGCCACCAUGGCAGAGAUGUAUGUGGCAGCAGCAAUCCGGAUCAAAACCAGCUUGCACAGGAGGCUUCACUUCAUGACACGCUUCUUCCUGAGCAGUGCCAGACAGAUCUGCCUGUCCCAAAGUGGUACCAUACCACCUGCCAUGAAAUGGCUGUGCCACCCUCUAGGCCACAGAUUCUUUGUUGAUGAAGACUGGAGUGUAAAAAACACCCCAAAAGACAGCAUUUACAGUAUUACUGGAAACUCAGUCGACCCAUUGGCUCAGGUGACUCAGGCUUUCCGCGAGCAUUUGCUGGAAAAAGCGUUAUAUUGCAUUGCCAAACCAGAGAACAGCAAGCAAGUGACGGGAGAGGGAGGUGAAUUCUCAGAUGCUCUUGAAUACUUACAGCUGCUGAACGAUUGCUCUGAUGCUGCCGCAAUUACCACACAGGCCUGUGCAAUCAGUUCCAGUAUGACAACUGUCACAGGCACUGAUCCAGUAGCUAAGUGGUGGGCUUCCAUGAUUGUUGUUGCUAUCAACUGGCUGCAAGGUGAUGAUGAGGCAGCAGAACGACUUUAUCCAGUGGUGGAAUACAUGCCGAAGACCCUGCAUGCAACAGAGAGCCAGUUGCCAAAAGCAGCGCUAUUUGCAUUUAAAGGCAUUCGUGCCAUGUUGGGUAAACAGGACAGCUGCCAAAUGAGCCUCGUGCACUGUGAGAAGGCCAGUGGAUACCUGCGGGACAGCCUCAACAUGGCGCCCCCCAGCAGCAGCAGUAUUGACAAGGCAGUGCAGCUCUUGCUGUGUGAUCUCUUGCUCAUCACCAGAACCAGUGGUUGGCAGCAACAGAUCAACAUGAGUCAACCUUUGAACUGCAUGCACCAAGCAUCCCCCUUGGAGCUAAGAGGCUUUCAGCAGGACCUCAGCAGCCUCAGGAAGCUGUCCCAGACUUUCAGACCGGCUCUCCGUAGAGUGUUUCUACACGAAGCGACAGCCAGGUUAAUGGCUGGUGCCAGUCCAACCCGUACUCACCAGCUAUUGGACCGCAGUCUCAGGAGACGGAUCACAACCCCAGUACCCAAAGAUGGCGAGGCUGAGACACACCCAGGCCGGCGGGAGCAUGCUGAAGCUCUCCUACUAGCGUGUCGUUACUUGCCCCCAAGCUUCUUGUCUGCACCAGGCCAGCGAGUCGGCAUGCUGGCUGAGGCAGCCCGCACACUGGAAAAGAUUGGCGACAAACGGACUCUCCACGACUGCCAACAAAUGAUCAUGAAACUGGGCAGCGGCACCACAGUCACCACGAGUUGAAGUGUUUGUAUUUUUUUAAAAAUCCCACCCCACAUCCCAAAAGCAUUGUGACUGUAUAUAGUGUGUGCGUCCCCAGGUGAAGCACGGCCCUUUUUAUUUCAUAUUAAAAUAAUGACUGGUCAAAUAAAAAUCGUAUUUUCAUAGUUUAAAACUGUACAUAAAAAAAUAUUUAUAAUUUUUUAAAAAGACAAGUUGGAAUGCAGCAAAUUCAUUUUUGUAGAAUUAAAAGCACUUGUCUCUAGAAGCUUAGCUUCCCUUGUAAUACUGCACCAAUGAUAAAGCCAUUCUGGGCUGUAUUCUGUGCAAUAUACUUUUAUAUGAUUAAAAUAACACAAGAGUCAUGA